AUCCUUCGCACGCUCACUUCCCGUUCAAACGUGUAACAUCCUCCUUCACGAACAGCGGCUGUGAAAACCAAAGCAUGCCACUCCACCCCUCCCUCCCCCUUCUUCCAACUCCAAAUCCCAACCCCAUCCCUCACCAAUGACCAAUCUACUCCCAGCCCUUUCCCUCUCCUCCAAUUCCCAAUUCACUCCACAAAAUCCACUCAAACUCUACUACUCCCACUCAUCGCCCCCUUCUCUUCCCACCAAAUUCCUCCUCCUCCCCAUCCUCUGCUCGAAGUCCGCCAACUCCCCCUCCCCUUCCCUCCGCUGGGUCCCCGAGUGGGCUGAUGCCGUCAAGGAGCGCGGCAUGCGCAAGCGCCGCGCCCUCUACACCCCCGACGACUGGCGCGCCCACCGCAGCUCCAGCCGCCACCUCCGCCACCUCCUCUCCAGCCUCUCCUCCCGCGUCAUCCUCUCCCUCAUCCCCCCCGUCUUCUCCCUCACCGCCGUCGCCGCCGCCCUUGCCCUCUACAACUCCGCCGUCUCCCUCGCCUGGCUCCCCGACUUCUUCCCCCUUUUCCGGGCGUCGUCGCUGCCUUACCAGCUGACUGCUCCGGCCCUGGCGCUGCUGCUCGUCUUCAGGACUGAGGCGUCUUACUCGAGGUUCGUCGAGGGGCGGAAGGCAUGGAUGAAGGUCGUCGCGGGGGCCAACGAGCUUGCUGGGAUGGUGAUGUCGGUGAGAGGAAAUAAUUGCGGCGCCGAUGCUGGAGUCAGGCGGGAGUUGUUGAAUUAUAUCAUGGCAUUCCCUGUGGCCCUCAAGUGUCACGUUAUCAAUGGUUCAGACAUCAGAUCAGAUCUGCAGAAUUUGCUUGAAGAGGAUGAUCUAUCUGUGGUUGUGAGAUCAAAGCAUCGUCCUCGCUGCAUCAUUGAAUUCAUUUCACAGAGCCUUCAAAUUUUACAUUUAGAAGAACCAAAGCGAAACAGCUUGGAGAUGAAGAUCUCUUGCUUCCAUGAAGGGAUUGGUGUCUGUGAACAGCUAAUGGGUAUUCCAAUCCCUCUAUCAUAUACUCGCUUAACCUCAAGAUUUCUAGUCUUAUGGCAUCUUACACUUCCUGUGAUACUUUGGGAUGACUGCAAUUGGAUUGUUGUUCCUGCUACCUUUAUCAGUGCAGCCUCUCUCUUCUGCAUUGAAGAAGUUGGUGUACUCAUUGAAGAGCCAUUCCCAAUGCUUGCACUCGAUGACCUGUGUAAACAGCUUCAUGACAGCAUCAGAGAGGCAAUGGCAAUAGAGAACCAGGUUCACGUGAGACUUCUUGCCAAAAUGAAGGGCCACUCUGAUGGACAUUCUAUUAAUGGUUGGCCUAGUUCCAAAACCGAACAGGGAUAGAGGGGUGAUAGCUGAACUAAUACUGGAUCUUCUGAAAUUAUUUAUGGCAAUAAUUCCAGGAAAUUAAUUAAGGAGGCGCACCUACCAAGGAUACAGGAAGCCUUCAUAUCUGGGUCCCAUGUAGCAACCAAUUAUUUGGGUUUCUACUUUCAAGCAAUUCAGGAGGUUGGUAUCCAAGGAUGAGUCAUUAAUUUAAAGCAUUAUCUAAUGACAUAAUGAGGAGGUUGAGAAGAGGAAGCUACAAAAAUCUACCUAGAAGAAGAGAGGAUACGGCGCACGAACUAAGAGAUACUUUGCAAUGUAUACAGCAGUGCCGGUGUGUUUGCAUUAAAGCUACCAGAGGAAGCAGGCGAUGUUGGAUGGUUACUCUAACGAUGCGACGAUCAGUUUAUUGUGCAGUGAACUUGAACAAGUCUCAGGAGUCUUGAUUUCUUUAUUUCGUAAUCGAUGUUCCUGGUUUACAGUGGUAGCAUGAAAUUUGUGACUUACGUUGCAGUGAUGCGUGUGGGAACGUCACGCAUGUUAGCCUAGAAGUAGUUCAGAGAAGAUACUAGUAGCGUUUGAUGGAUCGAAAUGUUGGACAAAAGAAAACGGUAUUUAACCAUAUGAAACGGAUAUAAUAAGUAUGGUUGCGUGUAUGAGAUUGUUAUCAUUAAGUAAGAAGCUUUAUUUACUCCUUGCUUGGGUGCAGUACGAGGAGAACUUUGAGACUACGGGCUCAUGCAUGUUUGAUUCCUAAUUACCCAUUAAAUAUCUGCAUAUGGACAAGACAUGCAUGUCAAAGGCAAUCAUUCAUUGCACUUUAUUUGCAGCUGAAGUUUCCACUGUCCGUAUUAAAAGUAGGUGUGUGGACCAGUGAGCUCAGAAGAUGUAAAGCCGGGCGGUAUACACUGUUAGAUACUUAGAUCUAUGCUGCAUUUCUUUGUUUUUACUUGUACUUCUGUUCCUGUACUUACUGUCACCUCUAUUACCUCAUUUCAUCUACUUAAUGGAACCUUCCCCUUUUUCCCUUUUUU